ACUUCCUCAACUGCUGUGCAGCUGGGAAGUGGCUGAGAAGACGUGUGAGGGCCAGGCAGCUCAAAGCCUGAAGGAGGUACUUCAAGGAGGGUCCAGAGAAGCUGGGCAGGGCGGGACCUCCUCAAAGGCUGCCCCUGGGGACACCCCAAGCUUCAGGAAGCUCUCAGAUGCACAUAGGAGGAAGUGAGAGGUGAACUCGGCCUGGAUCUGGUUGGGCAAGGCCCCCAUCCAUCUGCUUUUCUGACUACCCACAGCCAUGGCCCUGGCCCAGCAGCUGCGAUCAGAGAGCGACUUUGAGCAGCUUCCAGACGAUGUGGCCGUCUCAGCCAACAUCGCUGACAUCGAGGAGAAGAGGGGCUUCACCAGCCACUUUGUUUUUGUCAUCGAGGUCAAAACAAAAGGAGGGUCCAAGUAUCUCAUCUACCGCCGCUAUCGCCAGUUCUACGCCCUGCAGAGCAAGCUGGAGGAGCGGUUUGGGCCAGAGAGCAAGAACAGCCCUUUCACCUGCAGCCUGCCCACAUUGCCAGCCAAAGUCUACAUGGGCGCAAAACAAGAGAUCGCUGAGACUCGGAUCCCGGCCCUCAAUGCCUACAUGAAGAACCUCCUGAGCCUGCCGGUCUGCGUGCUGAUGGACCCCGACGUCAGGAUCUUCUUCUAUCAGUCUGCAUACGAUGCUGAGCAGGUGCCCCAGGCACUCCGCAGGCUCCGACCGCGCACGCGCAAAAUCAAGGGUGUGUCUCCACAAGGGGCCAUCAUGGAUCGCAUGGAAGCGCCAAGAGCAGAGGCCUUGUUUGACUUCACUGGGAACAGCAAAUUGGAGCUAAGUUUCAAAGCUGGAGAUGUGAUCUUCCUUCUCAGUAAGAUCAACAAAGACUGGCUGGAGGGCACCUCCCAGGGAGCCACAGGCAUCUUCCCAGGGUCCUUCGUGAAGAUCCUUAAGGACUUUCCCGAGGACGAGGACACCACCAACUGGCUACGAUGCUACUUCUAUGAAGACACAGGCAAAACCAUCAAGGACAUUGCGGUGGAGGAGGACCUCAGCAGCACGCCCCUGUUCAAAGACCUGCUAGCGCUCAUGAGAACAGGAGUAAGGCUGUUGGAUGAUGGGCCCCGGUACCACUUGGAUCCACAGACUCAAAGGCCCUGGGAGAAGCCAGGAUCCAUAGACUAAUCCUGGUGUGUUGCCCUAGGCGUGAGUUCCAGAGAGAAGACAUUGCCCUUAGCUACCAGGAUGCUGAGGGGGACUUGGUUAGGCUGCUGUCAGAUGAGGAUGUGGGACUCAUGGUGAAGCAAGCCCGAGGCCUCCCUUCCCAGAAGCGCCUCUUCCCCUGGAAGCUGCAUGUCACACAGAAGGACAACUACAGUGUCUACAACACUGUCCCCUGAGUCACAGGGACCCUGUGGCAAGGACGGGGCGCUCAGCAAAGGGCCUUUACCUUCCAAGAACACGGAGACCUUCAGGGAGACUGAUGUAAGAUGCAAACCUCCUGGCCCAGAGUGCCUACUGGACAGGAUUCUAUUAAGUUUUUGACACUCUACCUUUUGGAUUCAAUAAACCAUUCUGUCUCUAAGGGC